AUAGGUUUGGUUUCUACAACGAUACCUAUGUACUUAGCAGAAUGUUCCCCAGUUUAUGCAAGAGGAAUGUUGGUAUCCACCAAUAUUGCAAUGGUAGCCUUUGGACAGUUUGUUGCUAAUGUUGUAUCUGGUAUUUUUGGUUCUGAUGCAGAAAAUGGUUGGAGGUAUAUGUUGGGUCUAGGAAGUGUGCCCUCUUUAGUGCAGUUUAUUGGGUUUCUGUUUAUGCCUGAGUCUCCACGUUGGUUAAUUAGUGAAGGAAGAGAUGAGAAGGCUAGGAGGGUGUUACAGUCUAUGAGAGGGCAAUUAGAUAUUGAAGAUGAAUUUGAAAGUAUUAAACAGAGUUGUAUUGAAACACAGCAGCAGGAGGAUUCUAGAGCAAGUAAUAAACCAAUAAUAUUACAAAUGUUGUUAUCAUCUACAAUACGAAGAGCUUUAUUGGUUGGUUGUAGUUUACAAAUCAUACAACAAGUAGCUGGUAUUAAUACCGUUAUGUAUUAUUCUGCCACCAUUAUUAGAAUGUCUGGGGUCAAAUCAGAUGAAUCUGCUAUCUGGUUGUCAGCUGUUACAGCAGCAAUUAACUUUAUAUUUACUGUCCUGGGUUUAUAUCUAGUCGAAAAAAUUGGUCGUCGUCCUUUAACUUUGGGAAGCCUCAUGGGUGCCAUUAUCAGUUUAGCAUGGUUAGCUGUAGGAUUCCAUCUUUCAUCAUUAAAUACACCAGAAGUCAAUUGGGUGGAAAAAUCUGCAUCUGAUACACAUUGUGCUCAGUAUAGAUGGUGUAAUGACUGUAGAAGAGAUUUAACCUGUGGAUUUUGUUACAUUGAUACUGAAGAUGCUGCAGUCAAUUCAUCUUGUUUACCAACUGAUUAUGAUAAUCCCUGGCUUUCAACUAGUGGAAGAUGUAACAUGUCAUCACAACACCUACCUGGUCUCUUAACAUGGGCUUAUGAUUAUUGUCCUACACCUUAUUCUUGGAUGCCCAUGGUUGGACUUGUCCUGUAUCUGAUCUCCUUUGCUCCAGGCAUGGGUCCUAUGCCAUGGACAAUUAAUUCAGAGAUAUAUCCUCUUUGGGCAAGAAGUACUGGUAACUCUGUAUCAACUUUUAUGAAUUGGGUUUUUAAUUUGGCUGUAUCUAUGUCUUUUAUAAGUUUAACAGAAACUUUAACGAGAUAUGGGACAUUCUGGUUAUAUGCUUGCCUAGCAUUUGGUGGAGCUAUAAUUUUAUCGAUAAUUCUACCAGAAACAAAGGGAAGGAGUUUGGAAGAGGUGGAAGGAUUAUUUGCUGGAUCAUGGUUUAGUGGUGCCACUGUUCAACAACCAGCAAGCUUCAAUACAAAAACUAUACAAUAUGUUCAUAUACGGGGAUUAAAUCGUGAUGGUCGUGAAUCAGAACUGGACUCACCAGAAUGA